AUUGAUAACGACGACCGUUGGUUUAAAAACAAAGAUGCAUGAUCCACCACAACUACAGCCGGAAGCUUGAGGCACACACACCUUCAUAGCUUGCAUUUGCAUUUGAUCACCCCACCACGACAGACGAAAGAAAUCACGUUUACACUUAAGUUUUUGACCCAAUUAUAUAAAAUUAAAAUUCGAAUUUCUCCAAGAACCAUUUUCGUAUCGCGUGCUGUUGUCCUUGUCGGAUUUUCAAAAGUCUGCGUACUGGUCUUGCGUUGAGCUGUCGUUGGUAAUUUUGUAGGUGGAACACUCUAGGUCUAGAACCACGGACCGGGAGUUGGCGCAUUACAGACACAAGACGAUUUGUAGCUAUUAGCUCACAUCAACGCUGCAGCGACCGUUACACCAGGCGAUCGCCUCCAUUUGAAGUGUCAACUACAGGAGCAAGGAGCUUGGUGAGUCAAGAAGUCCAAAAAGGAGCGCUAAACUUACACGACCAUACACCAGGACCUUGCUGACACGGGGGAACCAGUUUAAUAUACGUGGAACGAGCUUGGAUGAAUUGGAAGCAAGUACACUGUUUCUGUUUCUUCAUGCUGCAUGAUAUUAUCACCGGAACACCAUCUUUAAUUAUCUUGAAGAUAUUAGCGAGAGCGGGACUCUUCUGAUGUAGUGCGUGGCUAUUUUAUUUAGUUUUUACUUUACUAUUUUCAUAGUCCUAUGGUGCUGGCCUCGAGUCAUGCAGUUGUAAAUGCAGGCAGAGCACUAAUUAGUCAGGCUGUUGGUAAAAGUUUUUCACGCGUAUUUUUUUCAGGUCGUUCUUGAACGCCGUUCGUCGCGCAACUUUGACCUCGUCGAGUGACGGGCGUCUUGCAGCCGGAAGAAAUCCACUCUUGCUCUUCUUCGUCCACGACAGCUUUCGAGUCCAGGCAUAACCAGAAGCGGCUUACGGCGUCAUCAUGAUCGUGUUUCCUGCCACUUGGGCCUCGUCGCUGUCAGGAACAAAAGAUAAAGCGACGGGAAGCCACCUGUUGCCCGUGCGGCAGAAGAUCAUGCAUCAACUAAUGCGUUGCGCAAUCUCACUCUGGUUUGCUUCCAGCGAAGUUAGCAGGCUCUUUCUUGCGUACGCCUACAAUGCUUCCGCCGUUCGUCGUGGACCUCGCAUUGAUGAAGUUCUGUGGACAGACACAGAUGAUUAUGCUUACCACAGACACGGAGAUGAAGAAGAUAGAAGUCCCUAUCAUUAUGACUACGAAGAUGCCCCAUCACAAAUUUCGCAGAUGGCGUUCAUGGAAGAAGACAAGAAGAAGGAUCGAAAGCAACGGAAGAAAAGACGUGCAAAAAAGGACCGCAAGAAGCGAAAAAGUAGGAAGAAGCGGAAAGCGGCCUCGUCAUCGAGGCGGCAAGAACGGAAGAAGCAGCGAGAACCUAACAGGAACGGCCGCGACAAGAACUACAAGAAGAAUUCAACGAUGCGGGACGAGGGAAUUGAAAAACGAAGGUUGGUGCAAAAGCAAAGCGAGAGCGAGUUAGUGGCAAAAGAGCCGCACCACGCAAGUACGGAUUCUAGUCCGCCCGUUGCCAGCGACGGUCCCGCAGCUCUCUCGGCAAAUGUAAGCCACGCGAGCCAACCCUUGCAGCAAGAAGAAGAACCGUCUCAGCGGGACGAACACGAACGAGCCAGGGCUAACUUUAAUAUGGAACGCAACGCAAACCCGAGGCGCACUGCCAAUGAACUGGGCGAAGAUGGUCCAAAAAAUGCGACCCAGUCGGGGACUGAGCGGGUCGGUGUUGACAGAAAACAGCCACUGGUCGCGGCCCGUGAAGAGUCGCUAAAUAGUACAGGAAACACACCUUCCAACGCUACCGGCGUGAUCAGCGAACACGAUCCUGCCACGCCAAGGGGUGGAGGAAAGGAUUCUCACCGCGGUCUGGCUUCAGGCGGCCGAGAAGAUGACGCUGCGGACCCCGAAGGCGACGAAGGCACAAAGGGCGCAAUAGCUGAACAUGUUGGUGUUGCCAAUAGCACCAGCGCGAGUGGUGCGCUGGCUGCUGAUCGUUUUGUGGGCUCAAGCUUCGUGGAGGAAACAAGAACAAGUAAAAGUAUAACGCAUUUAUCGCGUGCGGUUCGGAAGUUGGUUGGGCGGGGGACGACUGCAAAAACGAACGGAGUUGUAGAUGGUCGCGUCGAACAUGCCGUGGAGAGGUUCCUCACGAUCUUCGAAUCUGACGCCACAGUUCCAGAUGGUCCUGGCCGUAUUGAGAUGGCGACUGGGUUUCUACGGGAUGAUCAAAAUGUAUCAAAAGGAACAAUCCCCCCUCCCUAUAUCGAAAAGAAAAUUUGUGAUGCUGGAUUUGCGUACACAAAUCAGAUUGGUCUUGCAGUAGAGGACUGCAGGCAUAUGCCAACCCUGGGCAGCGAGGUUUUGACAUAGACGCCUAGCAUUACAAAUGUCCACACUGUAGGCCCACGAGCAUCACAAACCGCUUGCAUAAUGCGGCGCAGCCUGUCUGGAGUUGUCUUCCAGCAAGACAAAUACGAUUUGUGGUCACAAAUCAGCACUGCAAAUUUUCUGUGGCCUCGUUUUCGAUAUGGGGCGGGGAGAUUUUUCCUUACGAUAAAAUGCAAAAAAACUUCUAACCAAAAUCGAAACAAAUUAGGGCGGAAAAAUCGGCAAAUAGCAUCAUUUUUGCAAGCGCACUUUUUGGGGGGGCAAAAAAAUUAUGGCUAUUGGGGGUGUCGCUACUGCUUUUUUUCCUGUUGGCCAUUUAGAUGCUGGCGCCGCUCUUCGUUGUCACGUUCCGCCAUCCGGCCCUCCCCUUUUUCCAAUAGAGCCGCAGCAUUUUGUUGAAGUUGCAUGGGCCUGCGGCCCCCCGGCGCGGGAAGCCGCGCCCCCUCUCCGGCAUCCAAUUCCGUACGCGCCCAGACAUCUUCGCAUCUUCCCUUUACGGCCAGAUAUUGAGAAUGCGGACGCGCCAGCAGUCAAAUGCUUCCGGGGGGGUGCCGAAGGGGGGGGGGGUAAGGGGGUGCGCUUGGGCUGCCUCUGGGCUACCAUUUUGGGGCACGCAAAAUCGGCAGUUUCUAAUGGGGAUUAGGGGGUCGGCAUAGGCUACCGAAAGGGUACCCGGAAGGGGUACCCGGAAGGGGUGUCCGAAGGGGGCAAAAAUGCACCCCCCUGACCACCCCCCUUGCCGGGUUCCCUCUUCCUCGUGGCGAGCGUCCUCGUUGUGGUCCGGUCCCGGAGGUGGCCCAGCCACUUCUCGAAGAGCGGGCCUACUCAACAUUGCCGGGCCAUCUGAGCGACAACGCACAGCGCGAAGGCGCUGCCGCCUGUUUCGUGUCUUGCUAUGAAGGCCUUUUGAAAGCCGAGCUAUCAUGUUUCUCGUGGAAAAGAUGAAGUGAUGCUUUACUUCUGUUGAUUUCCAGGUAGUUGACUCCCUGACAAAAGAAAAAAAAAUACCCCCCCAAAGUGUGAGCUGACAAAAAUGAUGCUAUUUGCCGAUUUUUCCGCCCUAAACAAAGGAGGAGUUUCUUUCUGAGCUCUGGCGGAAAUUGGAAUUACGGGCAAGGAAAGGUGGACAACCCCUCCAGCAGCUUGCAGUAGAGGUGGACCGAAGUUCGGAACGAGAGGCCAUCAUGCAACUUGCAGUCCUUGCGCUUGGUCUUCGAUCCCGGAUCGACGCGGAAGUGCGGGUGCUUUUGGGAAAGGCGGAGUCUGUGUUUUGGAUAGCAACAGCAAGUGAAAAGCCUAACGGGCAUAAUUAUUACACUGCUCAGCAGAGAACUGAUCAAGACGAGGCGAUGGCGCUGGUGGAAGAAAUGAGGCAACAAGUACGGAGCAAGCGCUAUCUGGCUGAUUUUCCCGUGGUCGCCCACAUUACGGCAACGGCCGGUGAGUACCGAUGGCGAUGGAAAAUCAGUCGUGAUCACUUGGACACCGCGGCCGGCAAAGAUAAAUCGGCAAUCGUGUCCCUCGCUACCAUGAUCGGAAACUUGGCGAUGGCCUGGGCAGGCGCCAUUACAUUGCCCCCGCAAAUAAACUAUCUCGAAGCAAUGAGCCACUUCCGUCAGGUACGUCUACUUCAUCACGACUACGAGGACACACAGCAUGGUCCGCAGAGUCACAACUGGGCGUGGGCGUCAAGAAAGGAUACCAUAAGAAAGAGACAGGUGCGCGAUUGCAGAGUCGAACCCGGCCGACUCGAAUGGCUUACUGGAAUAGCACAAGGUCGCGUUGGCUUCAACGGUGACUUUGAGUGCCUUGCAGCACUCGUGUCGUUUGGCAUGGCUGUGGACCUAGCCACCAGCGAUCCGGAUUACUUGCAAAGCCUGUCCGAGUUGUAUGCUGUCGUUGCUACCACGCAAACGAUGUCCGAGGGCGACAGUUCCAUAGACGACCUCCUUCGAGGUUUAUGGCGCGCGCCAUUGCAGACACAAGUGUUGGCCGAACAAAAAGAAAAACAACAACGACGAGGAAAGAGCAAGGGUAAGGGAACAACCACGGACAAUGACAAAGCAGAGCAUGACAUGUCGCAUCUCGCAAGCGUGCCAAGGCAGAGAGUUGAUAUUGCGGUCGCCGCACUUCCAGAAUCGCACCAGAACCAAAUUACAGAACAGGGCGUCGAAGUAAUCGAAGCUAUCCGGGCGCCCACAUCGUCCGCCUCCUCGACGACCACGGGUGAUGCAGAUGGUACAAAAGCCAAAGGAGCACUUGCUGUUCUCUUCCGACAAAGGCCGCAUCUUCUGGCGCGCGCCGUCUGGGUUACUUCGUACGGGGCUGCAGGUAACUGGAGAAAUUUUUUCUAUUGUGGUCAAUAUUCACCGGUGCGGGUCAUUGCAGAUGAAGGAGAAAGCUGUUUAUUUCGCCCCGACAGUCUCCACACCGCGCGAGCGUCCGCUUCCGGUGAAUUGAGAUCCUGGCUGACUGGGCAACUCAGCACAGUAUAUCGACACGCCGGAGUCCUCCCAACAUCCGAAAUCGAGGGCGACACGCCUCAUUUCACGCCAGUGUUUCUGUUACAGGCGCUCGAGUAUCAUCACAGUGAAAAGCUAGCUGCGGGAGUGCUCCAAGAUCUGGAAAACGACUUCGAGGACAGAUUGUGGCGCUACUACAUCAGCCCGGAAGAUAUAAAAAAGCGGAUUGAGGAAAUCGCGCACGAUGAGGACGCAUGGUUCGAUAAGGAAGUCUUGGGAGAUUUGAAGAGCAAGGACGAGAAAGUAAGCAGGACCGAGAGCCGCGAGGACGCAUUAGGUUUACGUUUGAUGUGGCCUGGCAAAGAAGAAAAGAACUCUCGGAUCACGACCCCGGAUGGGAUAUUCGUGGUGCGGCAAGGCAAUUAUCUUGACUUGUGUUACGUGAAGGAAGCACAAGAAACCGUGAAUCGCCAUCUACUUGGUCUCGUCGACGACGCCCACGCGGAGUUGUUGGUGCUUCAACUUCGCCGGUUGGAGGAACAUGGUUCGAGAAAAAAGCGAAGCGAGCUAGUUGGCGACGUCGUCGAAUUUGCGAAACCCAUGCUUUUACGAAUAGAUCGCGUGCACUCCUGGCAGACGAGUCAGUCGCGAGCGGCUACUACAACCACCAAGGUCACCAAGACGUCCAAUUUAUUUGGCGCGGACUCGCGGUUGCAGCGUAAGCAACAUCUUACGGAAGCAAUGUGGCGGCGUGUCCUGUUGUCCCUGGGGGCCGCCGCACUGUACACCGAAGGCCUUUUUCAGUUUGUCUUUCGCUCGCAACACUUUUUCUUUCGGGAGGUUCUUGAUGCUAAUGGCAGGCUCGUGGUGAUGUCGCUUGCGAAUGCGAGCUCGGAAGGAGAAAAGAAGGCGUUUCUUAAGGCCUAUCACAACAGUUUGGAGUUCCGCUCUGAGGCCGAAACUUGGCAGGAGGACAACAGGCGCGACAGGAUUGAAAGGUACGUUACGAAGCGUGGAUUUCGUGAAGCUACUUGUAACUACCCGGAGUAG